GGGACUUUUCUCUAAGGUUGUUGCCUCAGAGAAAAGAAGUGUGGUCUCUUUGAAUGAAUGACUCUGGCCUCUGAAAAAAGAAGAAAAAAAAAUCGGAGACAAGUGCUGACCACGUGUGCCUCAGCUGUUGGACCCCCUCCAUGUGCUGCACGACAUGUGUAGUCAUAUUCCUGCCUCCCUCCCGUCAGGGCAUUUAAACCACAGCUGCCAUCGGAGCCCCCACUGAAGGGAGCAGGCCUUCUCCUUUUGGGGACCCAGGAGGCCAGCACCCACCCUUCCUGCCCUGCCCAUGGGGACCCUCGUAGCCAAACUUCUCCUGCCGACCCUCAGCAGCCUGGCCUUCCUCCCCACCAUCAGCAUUGCUGCCAAGAGGCGGUUCCACAUGGAGGCCAUGGUCUAUCUCUUCACCAUGUUCUUCGAGGCGCUCUACCACGCCUGCGACGGGCCAGGCCUGUGGGUGCUCUGCUUCAUACGUCACGACACCCUGGAGUACUUCAGUGUCUACGGGACGGCGCUGAGCAUGUGGGUCUCGCUGAUGGCACUGGCCGACUUUGACGAGCCCAAGAGGUCGACUCUUGUGAUGUUUGGUGUUCUCACCAUUGCCGUGCGGAUCUACCACGACCGCGGGGGCUACGGGGUGUACUCGGGCCCCAUCGGCACAGCCGUCCUCAUCAUCGCAGCCAAAUGGCUGCAGCAGAUGAAGGAGAAGAAGGGUCUGUACCCCGACAAGAGUGUCUACACCCAGCAGAUAGGCCCCGGCCUGUGCUUCGGGGCGCUGGCUCUGAUGCUGCGCUUCUUCUUUGAGGACUGGGAUCACACUUAUGUGCACAGCUUCUACCACUGCGCGCUGGCCAUGUCCUUCAUCCUGCUGCUGCCCAAGGUGAACAAGAAGGCUGGAGGCGCAGGGCCCCCGGCCAAGCUGGACUGCGGCACCCUGUGCUGUGCCUGUAUCUGACUUUGCACCCCUACCCGCUCCAAGCCCCUGCCUGACCCGUCUUAUGCCUGGUGAGAGCCCUCCUGUCCUUCCCCAGCCCAGGCUGUCCAGGAGAAACUCUGUGCUCCUAUUCCGAGAGGUCCCAGGGGGUUGGGAAGCACCCACUGUGUUGAGCACUCCUGGAGAACCCAAGUACUAAGCUGGAAAGAAAAGACGUUUCUCCCUCCUCCUAGGCCUCGGGCAUGGCUGGACGGCAUGUCUGCAGAAUCCUGGAGCCAGCGUCUGUCCUCUCCACCUCCCCGUCCCCAAAAGUCCCAGCCCAGUCCCAACCACAAAGGGGUUCUGCCCACCACCCGGUCCUGUGUCCUCCCGUGCCAUCUGUUUUCUCUUGGAAACUGGCAUCACCACCUCGGUCCUAUGCCCUCAGGCUCUGAGCACGCCCACUGAGGAAGCCAGGGCCAGCAGGGCCAGCUCUGUCCCUGGCCCAGGCCUGCCUGCCCCUUGGCUGUCUCUCCAGCUGGGUCCCUACA